AUGGAUUCAAGGGCGCAUCACUUUGGUUCUUGCAACAACUAUGACAAAAAGUUUGACCUACAAGUAGGUUCCGAUAUUAGGGGUAGUUCGUCCAAUCAACGUAGCCAAAUUGCGGCAAGCAAUAGAAAAUACAUAUUAUACAAACUACAAAUGCUAGCACUUAAACUAUACAACCGGGCAAGAAUUCCAAUCUACAUUGAAUACGAUACGGAGACAAUUGCGGCAGUCGUGUAUGGGGAAGAUGCUGAACAGCUUGUUGGACGUACUGGGGUUGAAUUAAAAGAUGCUGAGAAUCAGGGCUCAAGGCUGCUGAAAAGAAUUGGUGGCAAAAUUAAGAACCACCAUAUUGUCUGUUAUGUGAGGUUCUACCGAACCAACGGACCAACGUACUCGAUUGUGAAGAUCUAUAUGGAUGAAAUUGAAGGCCUGUUAGAUGAGGAUGACUAUUGCAUUGAA